AUGGCGAUGAGAUGGUUUGAUGGCCUCAAGCGAAACUCCAUAAACUCUUUUAAGCAGCUGAUACAGGCUUUUCGUUCCCGCUUCAUAACCAGCAGCAGAGUCCCUCGGCCCCUAAAUUCCCUCUUGUCCUUGUCCAUGCGAGAAGGAGAGACACUGAAGGCCUACUCAGAUAGAUAUUGGGAAAUGUAUAAUGAGAUAGAGGGAAAUUACGAUGACGUCGCCAUUAACAUAAUCAAGAGGGGCCUGCCGACAGAGCAUGGUUUAAGGAAGUCCUUGACAGGGAAACCGGUCACUAGCAUGCGUCAACUCAUGGACAGAAUUGACAAGUACAGGAGAGUCAAAGAAGACCAACAGACGGGAAAGGGCAAAGCGAAGGUUGUCCCUCAGGAGAGGAGGGACUUCAGGUCGGACCGCUUUAACAGUAGUAAUCGGCCGAGAAGGGAUUACUUGGAGCAGUCUAGAUCCACAGGGACACAGACAGUCCAUGCUGUGUUCCGAGAACCAUUACAUAAGAUCCUAGAGAAAGUGAAGAACGAACCGUUCUUUCAAUGGCCAAGUAGGAUGGCAGGCGAUCUCGCGAAACGUAACCAGAAUCUGUAUUGCGCGUAUCACUAA